CCCAGCCACGACACCUCCACGCGAUUUCACCCGACGGCCCGAGCCAGGCUCCUAAACCUCCCCCGCUCUUCUCCCCCAGCCGCUUCGCCGCCGCCCGCCGCCCGCCGCCCGCGAUGGAGGCCCUCCACGAGGAGAUGCCCUUCGACCUCUCCUUCCACCCCUCCGCGCCCCUCGUCGCCACCUCCCUCAUCACCGGCGAGCUCCACAUGUUCCGCUACGCCGACGGUUUGCCGCUGGAGAGGUUGUUCGUGGCAAAACCUCACAAGGACUCUUGUAGGGCUGUUCGUUUUGUGGACUCAGGAACUGCGAUUCUGACGGGAUCUGCUGAUAUGUCGAUUGUCGCUUCUGAUGUAGAAACAGGCAAAGUCAUUGCCCGUUUGGAUAAUGCACAUGAUGACGCCAUAAACCGCCUUGUGUGUCUUACUGAAACUACAGUUGCUUCAGGCGAUGAUGACGGUUACAUUAAGGUGUGGGAUACUCGGCAACGAUCUUGCUGCAACACUUUUCACCGCCAUGAAGAUUACAUAUCAGAUAUGACCUAUGUAGCUGGCUCAAAUCAAAUAUUGGCUACAAGUGGUGAUGGAACUUUAUCUGUGAACAAUCUCCGGGGUAACAGAGUAAAGUCACAAUCUGAAUUUUCAGAAGACGAACUCCUAUCUGUGGUGGUAAUGAAGAAUGGCCAAAAAGUUGUUUGUGGAACUCCAAGUGGAGCUCUAUUGUUGUACUCGUGGGGACAUUUUAAGGACUGCAGUGACCGUUUUCUGGGGCACGCACAGUCUGUUGAUAACUUGCUGAAGCUGGAUGAAGAAACUCUGAUAUCUGCUGCAGCAGAUGGUGUGAUCAGGUUAGUGGGUAUCUUACCGAAUCAGAUAAUACAGCCGCUAGCUGAGCAUUCAGAAUUUCCAAUCGAGGCGCUUGGUUUCUCGCACGAUAGGAAGUAUCUAGGCAGCAUUUCACAUGACAAAAUGAUAAAGCUCUGGGACAUGGAGGAACUCCUGGGCGGUCCACAGUUAAAUCACCAGAACGACAUGCCCGAAGCCAACGCAGCCGUCCAUCACGACGAGUUGCCUGAAGCCAACGCGGCCAUCCACCACGACGAGUUGCCUGAAGCCAACGCCGCCGCUGGUCACCACGACGAGUUGCCUGCAGCCAACGCCGCCGUCGUCAACCACAACCAGCCGGCUGAAGCUGACAGCGACGACGACGGGAUGGACGUGGACAUGGAGCCAAGCUCUUCAAACGUGUCGAGGAGCAAGAAGAAGGGCAAGGGCAAGAAGCUGGACGGGUUCGCGCCGGACUUCUUUGCAGAUCUGUAGCCUGCCCAGGCGAGGGCAAAGAGGCCGCCCUUGAGAUGUUCACUUGUCAAGGGUCAGUUUUGAUGUUGUCUCAGUAUAUCGGGUUGUAGGAGGAAUGUUUUAGUUUAUUUAUAGGCGUGAGGAGUGUGAACUUGGCUAUCAUAGUAACGUGUAUUUCCGGCUGCAGAUGGCCCCCUGAAGUGAAGCAUACGUGUAGUAUCUUUUAUUGUCGCAACAAUUUGUGUCCUGCCUUGUUCUCUGAAUGUUUUAUCAUAUUCUGGCUCGUUUUUGUCUCGA